UUAGGUAUCGUGAACAUUUAAUUUAAGAUACCUUACAAAGUAAGGAAGAAAAGCAACCGACACAAUCAGCUGACUAAACACAUAAGCAGUCUUCAACUUCAUUUAUGUCAUUUUUCACUUUUCCAAGGCUGUAACCACCUUUUGUGCCAGCAGAUGUCGCCCAAGUGCUCAAUGACUUUCCACGGUGUACCCCGCCCAGGCGGGUUCAAAGUUUUAUGAAGCCUCGAUUAAUAUCUAGGAUUCGAAGAAUGAGUUGUGUCAAUGAGGAACCUCCAGCUCCAGUUUAGUGACGAACUGCAGAGGGAACUAUUGGUGUGGUUUCCAGGAAAUCUAAAGGGAGGAGAAGUGAAAGUGAAACUAUUCUUCGGCUGUUUUUCGUCGUCGUCGUCAUUUCUAACUGCGCAGCAGAAGGACGGUCUGUUUCUUUCUCAGGAUGACUGAAGUCCAGCAGAUGAGUGAUUGUGUGGAGGAAGACAAGGACAGAGCAGAGUCUGCAGGACCUAGCUGUCUGUCUGUGAAGAGUGACCAGUCCAUGGGUAACCCUCUAACCUUCAGUGGUGAACCUGGAGCCUCAGUGACAAAAGGUCAGAACCAGAAACAGAGAGCUGAGUCUGCAGGACCCAGCUGUCUGUCUGUGAAGAGUGACCAGUCCAUGGGUAACCCUCUAAGCUUCAGUCGUGAACCUGGAGCCUCAGAGACAAAAGUUCAGAACCAGAAACGGAGAGCUGAGUCUGCAGGACCCAGCUGUCUGUCUGUGAAGAGUGACCAGUCCAUGGGUAACCCUCUAAGCUUCAGUCGUGAACCUGGAGCCUCAGAGACAAAACACAAGUUUGCUGUUUCUGUGGACGAGCAGACGUCCUGCUGUCUUGUGUGUCAGGACAUCCUGAAGGAUCCAGUCUCCACCAGAUGUAAUCACUGCUAUGGGAAAAGACCCAGGACAGGACAUGGACCACAGACCAUCAGUGUACAGACAGAUGGACUGCAGGAGGUUCUAGAUGAACAUAAGAUCAGUUUGAGGAGGAGAUUUGAACAUGUGACUGAAGGAACUGAUGGAAGAGGAAGUAGAACCCUCCUGAAGAGGAUCUUCACUGAGCUCUACAUCACUGAGGGACAGGGUGAAGAGGUCAAUACUCAACAUGAGGUGAUGCAGCUGGAGACAAGCUCCAAGAAGAAGAUCGUCCAGGACACUCCCAUCAAGUGCUGCGACAUCUUUAAAGCCUUACCUGACCAGCAGGGACCCAUCAGAGUUGUCCUGACCAAUGGCGUCGCUGGUGUUGGAAAAACCUUCUCGGUGCAGAAGUUCACUCUGGACUGGGCCGAUGGUUCGGAAAACCAGGAUUUGAAUCUGCUGAUUCUGCUCUCAUUCAGGGAGCUGAACCUGAUCAGAGAUCAGCAGCACAGUCUUCUCACGCUGCUCCAUGUUUUCCAUCCAACAUUACAGAAGGUCGGAGCAGAGAAGCUCGCUGUCUGUAAACUUUUGUUCAUCUUUGAUGGCCUGGAUGAAAGCAGACUCUCACUGGACUUCAACAGCAGUAUGCUUGUUUCUGAUGUCACACACAGGUCAUCAGUCAGCGUGCUGCUGACCAACCUCAUCCAGGGGAAUCUGCUUCCUUCAGCACUCAUCUGGAUAACUUCCCGACCUGCAGCAGCCAGUCGGAUCCCUCCUACAUGUGUUGACAGGGUAACAGAAGUUCGAGGCUUUACUGAUGACCAGAAGGACGAGUACUUCAGGAAGAGAUCCAGAGAUGAUCUGUCCAGCAAAAUCAUCUCACAUAUCAAGACAUCCAGGAGCCUCCACAUCAUGUGUCAAAUCCCAGUCUUCUGCUGGAUCAGUGCUACAGUUCUGGAGUACAUGUUGACCACAGAGCAGAGAGGAGAGCUACCCAAGUCCCUGACAGACCUGUACUCACACUUCCUGCUGGUUCAGACAAAGAGGAAGAAGAACAAGUAUGAUAAAGGACGUGAGACGAGUCCACAGGAGCUGAUGGAGGCUGACAGGGAUGUUCUUCUGAAGCUUGGGAGGCUGGCCUUUGAACAUCUGCAGAAAGGAGACAUCAUGUUCUACCAAGAAGACCUGGAGCGGUGUGGUCUUAGUGUGACGGAGGCCUCGGUGUACUCAGGAGUUUGUACGGAGAUCUUCAGAAGGGAGUGUGUUAUCUUCCAGAAAACGGUCUACUGCUUUGUUCAUCUGAGCAUUCAGGAGUUUCUGGCUGCAGUCUACAUGUUCCACUGUUUCACCAACAGGAAGACAGAAGUACUGCAGGACUUCUUCAGACAAGUAGACAGGGACUCAAACGGGUUUAGCAGAAACUUCUCACUUGACGACUUCCUGAAAGAAGCCACGGAGAAAUCACUUCAAAGUGAAAAUGGUCACCUGGACCUGUUUGUUCGCUUCCUUCAUGGACUCUGUCUGGAAUCCAACCAGAGACUCGUCGGAGGUCUGCUGGGUCAGACUCAGAACAGUCCAGAAAUCAUCCAGAGUGUCAUCAAGAACCUGAAGAAGAUGAACACAGACAACAUCUCACCUGACAGGAGCAUCAACAUCUUCCACUGUCUGACAGAGAUGAACGACCAAUCAGUGCAUCAAGAGAUCCAACAGUUCAUGAAGUCAAAGGACAGAAGACAGAAACUCUCUGAGGUCCACUGCUCAGCUCUGGCCUACGUUCUGCAGAUGUCUGAGGAGGUUCUGGAUGAGUUGGACCUGGACAAGUACAGCUCAUCAGACAAGGGAAAACACAGACUGAUGGCAGCUGUGAGGAACUGCAGAAAGGCUCGGUUGAGUCGCUGCAGAUUGUCGGGGAUCAACUGUUCUUUUCUGGCCUCAGCUCUGAAGUCCAACCCCUCCCACCUGAGAGAUCUGGACGUGGGCUGGAACAACCUGCAGGAUUCCGGAGUGAAGCUGCUGUGUUCUGGACUGGAGAGUCCACACUGUAGACUGGAGACUCUGACGUUGAGUUGCUGCAUUUUGUCAGAGAGCUGCUGUUCUUAUCUGGCAUCAGCUCUGAAGUCCAACUCCCACCUGAGAGAACUGGACCUGAGCUGGAACAGGCUUCAGGAUUCAGGAGUGAAGCUGCUGUGUUUUGGACUGGAGAGCCCAAACUGUAGACUUGAGACUCUGGAGUUGAGUGGCUGCGGUUUGUCAGAGAUCAGCUGUUCUUCUCUGGCCUCAGCUCUGAAAUCCAACCCCUCCCACCUGAGAGAAUUGGACCUGAGUGAGAACCAUCUGCAGGAUUCCGGAGUGAAGCCUCUGUCUGAUCUUGUGAAGAGUCCAGACUACAGACUGGACACUGUCAGGUGGAAGUGGUAAUCUUCAUGAAGAUGCUCUUCACCCUGAGUCCUGCUCUGUGCUGCAGGUUCAGCAGAUCUGGGACAAAAGUCAUCUGAAGUGCAAACACAAACGCUGAUGGUGUUGUUAUUCUGUCGCUGUGCUGUCCUUGGAGUGCGUGAACUUGUGCAGUGCUAGACAGCCAGCAAACAUUAGUCCUAAUAAGUACCCAAGGCUUGACUGUUCUUGCUUUUUCUGGGGUAGUUGUCAUACGCAGGAUUUUGUAAAACUGUAAUGUUACAAAGAAAACAUUAGCAUACAAAACAUAAAAUAUUGCAAAGAAACAUUCUAUGUGCAGCUACAACCUGCAGGUGAAUCAAUAAAAGUAGCUUAGCUAGUACUGCAUUCUGAGUAGUAACCUGUACUGUAAAGCUUCUUUGCUUUUGUUUAGUUAUUUGCACUUUUUUUUAUUGGUACCAUAUAC